AACCACUUGUGCGAGGCAAGCCAUUACUGGAUGUUGAAAAGAGAGAAGCGUAUAAAUGCCAUGGACAACGAACGAAUGGUUACUUAGUUUUUAUUGGUGCAUUGUUAAUGAUGUGAUAGUUUCCGACCCUAUAUAUACAAGAUCUAUGUGCAUUUCAUGUCUAUUGGUCUUGCUUCUUUGAGUCUUCAAUGGCAAACAACUUCGCCAGGUUUAUAAUAAAACCAUUUAAAAAUGUUUUUCAUUGCCAUGCGAUUCAUAGUAUUCUCUUCAUUAAUCCUUAGAAAUACAUCGUCUGGUCUGAAUGUUACAGUAGGAAUUUUGGCACCAUUAACGGGUGCAAGAGUUUUGGGUGAAAGUAUGUAUCAUUUGGUGGAGGAUUCCUUUCUUUUAAUCAAAGGUGAUUCAAGGUUUUCUGAAAUUCAAAAACACGAUGUCAAUUUCAUCUAUAAAUUUCGGGACACUGGUUGUGACAUUGGACAGGGGCUUUAUGAAUUGGUGGCCAUCAUGGACUUCCAAUCAGGGGCUGAAAAAGAAAUCGACACUUUCAUAGGCCCCGUGUGUGAUGAGGUUUGUGAAGCUGCUGGUCAUUUAGCCAAAAGAUGGAACCUUCCGAUGAUUAGUUUUGGAUGCGCCGAGAAGUUGCUGUCGGACAAUGCUCUCUUUUCUACGUUUGCUCGAGUUUCCACGCCAUAUAGAGAGAUGGAGACAUUCAUUGAAGACACUAUCAAACAUUUUGGAUGGAAUCGCCUUAUCAUAGCGGAGGGAACGGAGAAAAUCUGGCGGGAGUCGGCAGAACACUUUGAUGUAGUACUAGAAAAGAAAGGAUAUGAUGUUAACCUACUGUCUAUUUAUAACGAUCCAAUAUAUCUGAAGCAUCAUUUAAAAGUUGAAUCGUACACAACAAGAGUGUUUCUGAUAUAUGCGUAUCCACGCGAUAUAGUAGGAUUAUUGUGUGCAGCUAAUGAUCUAGGCUUGCUGAAUGGAGAAUAUGCAUUUCUUACUGUCGACUUUGACCUUGCAUUUCACGACUCCGAUCUGAUAUGUCCCCUGAACGUAACUGACGGAGUUUUGGAUUUUACAUUUGAUAUAAUGUCUUCAGUGAACCACAUUGAACACGCUGAUCACGGCGAGAACCAACAUGAUGAGGAAGUCACCACGGAACGACCAAAAAUUAUAUUACCCACCGUUAAUGGCAUUGGAUUACACCUUUUGUCGGACGCUUUGUACCUGUAUGCGACAGCUCUAAAUGCAACUUUGGCGGAAGGAUACACUCCAAAAAAUGUUUCCAAAAUGAUACAAAACAUGAAGAACGUAACAGUUACAACUCCUUAUGGUAAUUUUUCUACCAAUGAGAAUGGAACAAGAAUGGCUACGUUAGCGCUAUAUAAUAUAUAUCAAGGGGAUUUUACUCAAGUUGGAACAUUUGACAGCAUACAAAGCAACUAUCCACAUGAUGUUACGAUAAGAUGGCCAGGAGGUGGGACACAAAAGCCUCUAGGAAGACCUAAGUGUGGAUGGGAUAAUGAGUACUGUGUUCCCGUCAAUUCCAACACAUAUCUCGUUGCUUCUGUGUCUGCAAUGACGGGGUUGGUGCUACUCCUUUGUAUUACUUGCAUCAUCAUCUUCUUCCACGUGCGCAAAAAACGACUAUUAAAAGAGGAAAUGGAAAACAUGGAAUGGAAGAUUCCUUUCAUCGAUUUAGACACCAAUUCCGGCAAAACAUUCCACAGUAUCUGUAGUAAGUCGUCGUUUUUGAACGAUACAAGAAGAACGAGCCGAUCAUACUCAAUAAGUAUAAAAACAGAAAUGUCGAGCGGCCAGCAAAUAUUUACUAAAACUGCCAAAUACCAAGGACAAGUGGUAGCCAUAAAGUUUGUCAACAAAGCCUUUGUUGCCAUUUCUCCAGUUGUUGUUCAAGAAAUCAACCAGAUUAGAAGAUUGAAGCACAACAAUGUGUUCUGUUUAGUGGGCGCAUGUGUGGAUCCUUUAAACAUAUAUAUCGUAAGCACGUAUUACAAUAAGGGUAGUCUUCUGGACGUUUUAUCAAAUACAAAUAUAAAACUGGACUGGAUUUUCAAACUCUCCUUUGCGUCAGAUAUUGCUAAGGGAAUGGCCUUCAUUCACGACUCUGUGAUAGAGACACAUGGUAAACUCCGCUCCAGUAAUGUAUACGUGGACUCGCGGUGGAUGUGUAAAGUUGGGGAUUUUCCCAUGCCAAACUUCUGUGACGGCGAGAAAACACGUGAUGACGAAAAAAAUUCAGAAAGCUUCAAAUUACUCUGGGUGGCUCCGGAGCUUCUUCGACUAGUGUGCGUCCCUCCCAAGGGAACUCAAAAAGGGGAUAUAUACUCAUUUUCUAUUAUUCUACAAGAGAUUGUGUUACGUGCAACGCCGUACGAGAACGAAACACUAGAGCCAUACGAAAUUGUGCAGCGAGUAAAAACGGUGGAAUCUCCGCCUUUCCGACCAAAAGUACCUUCAAACGCUGCAGAUCGCAAAAUCUUAGAUUUAAUGAGAAUGUGUUGGGAGGAAAUCCCAAUGUUUCGUCCAAACUUCGCCACCAUCGUGUCCGUUUUAAAACAGGCCAACAACGGAAGGAAACCAAACUUAAUAGACCAAAUGAUGCACAUGAUGGAGAAAUAUGCUGAUCAUCUUGAGGAAUUGGUAGGAGAACGCACGCGCCAACUGGAGGAAGAGCAGAAAAAGACCGAUGAACUACUUCAUCGAAUGCUUCCGCCAAGCAUUGCCAACGACUUGAAAUAUGGUAAACCCAUUCACCCGGAGAGUUUUGACUGUGUUUCCAUAUUCUUCAGCGACAUCGUUCAGUUCACCAAGUUAGCUUCAGAGAGCAGUGCAAUUGAGAUCGUAAACUUUCUAAACGACCUGUACACUUGCUUUGACACUAUCAUUGAACAUUAUGACGUUUACAAGGUAGAGACAAUUGGUGAUGCCUACAUGGUCGCGAGCGGCCUUCCAGUGAAGAAUGGAUUGCGUCACGCCAGUGAAAUCGCCACCAUGGCCUUGGACCUUUUAAGCAGUGUGGCGACUUUUGAAAUCCGACACCGUCCUGGAAGACAGCUACAGCUUAGAAUCGGCAUCCAUAGUGGUCCGGUGUGUGCUGGUGUCGUGGGAUUAAAGAUGCCCCGGUAUUGCCUGUUUGGAGACACAGUAAAUCAAGCAUCUCGAAUGGAGUCCUCGGGAUUAGCUCUUCGCAUUCAUGUCAGCGAAAUCUGUCGGGACAUUUUGGAAAAACUUGGUGGAUUCCAUCUUGUUUAUCGUGGCCAAAUUACAAUGAAGGGAUUAGGAGCAGUGCCUACAUAUUUUCUCACUGGUAAAGAAGGCUUUGAUAAAGAACUGCCCUCGCUUGCUAUGGCGGCUUCCUUGGAGGACCAUGAGUUCAAGUAACUAGGAAGGACAAGAAAUUGAAAUUACUGGAGACUGCAAACUGGAGAAACUUUUAAUCUCGCAAGCAAUGGGACCUGUCAUCUGGAAAAUUGAAAACUUAAGACUUUUUUCCAUAGUGCUAAACGAUGUGUGUAUGCCAAAAGUUGUUUUUGUCACGACUAAUGCAUUAGUUAUGUAUAAUAUUAUAUUUUAUAGUGACUGUAAAAUGGUCUUUACAAUCAAGUUUGUGAAAAUAUAUUUAAACCUAAAAGUUAAUAACGAGAAUUGUUUAUUGAGACGUGUAUUAUAUUUUGGAACAUUUCUUUGUGUAUACAUGUAGUCUAUUAAUUAUUUGUUUUUAAAAAAUAAAUUUAUAAAUGAAUAAA